AUGAGUGCCUCUAUCCGUAGUUAUUUUCAACCAUUAAUGAAACUCAAGGAUGCAUAUUUUCAUCCAUAUGAGGACUUUGGAAGAGCAAACAUUUUCCGUGCUGUUUUGGUAUCAUACGUUGGAGUCUAUUUCGCAGCUAAAUGGAACUCUGAACGAAAAGCUAAAGCCCUUAAGGCCGAAAAAAUUGCCAAGAAGGAAUCUGUUGUUAAAGAUGCCCUUGCUAGAGCUGGAUUUUAA